GUCACUGGUCAACUGGUCCUAUUGUCGACUGCCAGUGCCUACGCUAACGCCGGAUGCUGGUGCCGUAAACAGGAUGUGUUGUGCAAACUGGACGCUCCCGCACUCUUUGUUUUCGCCUUUGAACGUUGAACAGCGCGGAGUCUACCCUUCUAGGCCCAACACGUGUUGCACGAUCUGCAUUGGUACGCUCGUUUGGGCAUGCAUUCUUCGAGGACCUCACUGGCACUGUUCCUCGAACGAGUCAAACCCGCCCUCAUUGUCUGUAGUGACGGCCUGACAGGCAGUUCUAGUACAAAUACCAUGGACACCAACCUCGCACCACCAACACCUCCAAGGCUCAGGUCUCUAGAGCCUGCCACUCGUUCUCCGAAGACUACCGAGCCUCGCCGGCGAGGCUACCGCACUUGACGUGCUCUUCGUUACCAUUCCAUAUAUCCUAACCAGAAGCAGUAUCAUGGCACGCACCGGACGAACAAGAGAAUCAGGCGUGUCAGUUACCGCGACCGUAAGUAUUUUGAAUACCGCAGUCGGCCUCAAGGAGGUGGAAGCGGACGGGAUCAGCAAGGCAAGGUUCAUCAAGAAAGUGAAAGAGAAUGCCCGCCGGGCGGGCGAAAGGUUCGCUGACCACAAACGGGCGACCACUUCCCUGCACACGGAGCUCGAAGCACUGAUCUCCGACGACAUCUUCGGGUGGGAUGGCGACGACGACGAGGUCUUCAUACCUCAAGACACUGCCGAAAAUCCCUCCCGCCAUCCCAAGGCCGAGGCGACGCACUACCCGCACCACGCGCAGCUGCGCGAGCUCUUCCCGCCCACCAAGGCGAAGACCAAACAUCAGCGCAUGGUCGAGCACAACACUUUCAAGUCGCGGGCGCGGAAGAGGGAGGCAGAGCACCGCGCAUCGACCCCGGCUGCGCUCCAGUUCGAGGACGGCCCACAGCAGGAGGCUCCGGCGAGCGUGCGGGCACCCGUCCUUAACCCGGGCUUCGUGCCCCCGACGCCCGUCUCCAACCCGCGCCCGGUCCGCAGGAUGGACGCCGUCCGCGAGGAGUCGCCCUCGCCCACGGUGUCCCGCCAGGGUUCGACGCGCUUCAACGCGCGCGGCCUCUCCAUGCAAGACGACGAGGAUGACCAGGACCAGGACAAGAUGGACGUGGACGAAGACACCCCCGAGGACACCCCAGCAGGGGCGUCCCUAUUCGACAAGGGCAAGGGCGUCCUACGGCGGCUCGCGAGCGCGAUGGGCGCAGGGGUCCCCUCGCCCAUCCAGUUGUUCGGUGGGUACGCGUCGCCCGAGCGGUCUACACCCAGUUCGGACGGGUUGGUGCCCGCGACCACGCCGGCGAAGGCCUCUGCGCCCGAGCAAGUACCGACGCCCUCGGGCUCGGGCUCUGUCCCUCCGAUGUUCACCAGCGACAGUCCUGCGGCGAGCCCGCGUGCCUGCUGGUCCCCUCCGUCGACGCCUACCCGGCCGAGAGUCCGGAUCCACGACUCGGACUCGGACGUGAGGGACGCGCAGAUCCGUGAGCUCCGGGACAGGGUUGCGCAGCUCCAGGCGCGCCUGCAGGCGGCGCAGCGUGGCGCGGCUGAGAAGGACGAGUAUAUCGCGAGGCUGGAGAGGGAGAUCGCGGAGAAGCAGGCGGCGCUGGAGGGUCUGGUGCGGGGGAUCAUACCUGCGGUGCGUCUUUUCGUUCGCUGCGCGAUGGUUCUGAGGACUGAUGAGUGCGUUUGUAGUUCGCGGAGGCGGCGAAGCAUGUUUCGGGUGCUAGUGAGGGCUUUGGCGUGUUCUCUUGAAGUCGUGAUGUGCUUUGUCUCAUGCUUAGACCUGUUCGUCACUGUAUCAUUGGUCUUCAUCAGUCUCGUGCGAGUCUUGUAUCGUCUGCCCCUGCCUACCGCAUGUCCUAUAGCACUCUCCUUGUACUCAUCAGCUCUCACGCUCACUCUGACUAUUCGUGGGGCUUUUGUCCUCCCGCAUACGAGACUGUUGUUCAUGCCGUACCCACCUGCAACUCACUCUCAAUGACGGCAGGAUAGCCCGAGAAGAACCCAUGUUGAAACACCCUACACACAGCAAACACCUCCAGUAUCUCUACCCCUCCCGUGCCCC